AUGUGGAGUUUCGACGAGCAAGGACGUGUCUGGAAUGUGGGCCAUCUACAGUGGUGCAACGCACCACAUUGCCACGACAAGAUCAAGUUUGCAAGUUUGGCAGAGCGCAACGAGGGCGAACUAUUGGAGGCUGAUGGCAGCAAAAUGGCCAUCAAGGGUGUGGGAACCAUCAUGGAAAAGGUGGUUCUUCCAAACGGUGAAGAUCUUGGGAUCGAUAUCAAGAACGCGUUACAUGUUCCAAGUAUGAGCAAGAACCUGCUUUCGGUGCCAAAGACUAACAGGCAUGGUAUGUUCCAAGUCGUGUUUGACAGGUCCAAGAUGUGUGUGACUCGCAAAAACUCACAGCAAGUGAUGGCGACAGAGGAUCUAGUGGAUGGACUUUACUGGAUUCGUACGACUCAGCGAUCAGCAAAUGUGGCAACAAGAAGAAACAGUUGUGCUGGUCUACAUGCGUGA